UGUGUGUGUGUAGAGUGUUUAAUGUGUCUCAAAUCGAUGCGUGUGUGCUCGCAGACUUUGCCCUGAGAGUCUUCCAACACGUCCCGUUAUGCGCAUCAGAUGAAGGUGGACUACACACACUCAUGACGCUCAUUAGUUCAGCAGCUUCACACACACUCACACACCCUCCGAGGACAGCAUCCGCACAGGACGGAGCCCCGAAUAACGCACACACUCACACACUUCUGAAGACUAAAGGUUGAAGAUGGAGACGUUUAGUCACAGAGUGAACUCUUAUAUUGACUCCUGGAUGGGACCCAGAGAUCUCAGGGUCAGAGGAUGGUUUCUGCUAGACGACUACAUUCCCACCUUUAUCUUCACUGUCAUGUACCUGCUGAUUGUGUGGAUGGGACCGAAAUACAUGAAGAACAGACAGGCGUACUCUUGCAGAGCCCUGCUGGUGCCGUAUAACCUGUGUCUGACGCUGCUGUCUCUCUAUAUGUUCUAUGAGCUGGUCAUGUCUGUGUAUCAAGGCGGGUACAACUUCUUCUGCCAGAACACCCACAGUGGAGGAGACGCCGACAACAGGAUGAUGAAUGUGCUGUGGUGGUAUUACUUCUCCAAGCUCAUCGAGUUCAUGGAUACCUUCUUCUUCAUCCUGAGGAAGAACAAUCACCAGAUCACAUUCCUGCAUGUGUAUCAUCACGCCACCAUGCUCAACAUCUGGUGGUUCGUCAUGAACUGGGUGCCGUGUGGACACUCGUAUUUUGGUGCUACGUUUAACAGCUUCAUCCAUGUACUGAUGUACUCGUAUUACGGCCUGUCGGCGGUUCCAGCUUUGAGGCCGUAUCUGUGGUGGAAGAAGUACAUCACUCAAGGACAGCUGGUCCAGUUUGUCCUGACCAUGUUCCAGACGUCUUGUGCUGUGGUUUGGCCGUGUGGAUUCCCUAUGGGCUGGCUGUAUUUCCAAAUCUCUUACAUGGUCACGCUCAUCCUGCUCUUCACAAACUUCUACAUUCAGACCUAUAAGAGACGUUCGGGAUCCAGGAAAGGCGAUUACCCCAAUGGAUCAGUAAACGGCCACACUAAUGGAGUGACGUCCAGCGAGAAGAUUAAACACAGAAAAGCACGAGCAGAUUGAUGGCAGUUCAUCCAUUAUUGAUACGCACACACUAGAUACAUGUAUGUCUGUCCACUGACCACGCUAAAAACAUUUCAUAUUCGAGAGACUCCUUACACGUUUGCACACUGCAACCUCAUGUUAUUCAUAUUGAAUCCAAAACACAUUGCAUACGAGAGCUACGGUUAGAGUCCAGGUUAGCUUAAAUCGAGAAUAUAGAGUUGAAGACUGAAUUAUUCGCCCUCCUGUGAAUUUUAUUUUAGUUUUUUUAAUAUUUCCCAAAUUAAGUUUAACAGGAAUUUUUAACAGUAUUUCCUUUUAUAUUUUUUCUUCUGGAGAAAGUCUUAUUUAAUUUAUUUCAGCUAGAAUAAAAGCAGCUUUUAGCUUUUUAAAACCAUUUAAGGUCAAUAUUAUUAGCCCCCUAAUUAGCAAUAUUUGUUUUCAUUUUGUUGUCUACAGAACAAACCACUGUUAUGCCUAAUGCUGAGUUCAGACUGCGUGAAUUUGAUCCGCCGACAGGUUGAGAGAAAUUGUCAACAAAUGCCUGAAAUCACUGGCAAAUUGGUGCUCAUUCACGUGAGUGACAAUAACACAAUGUGAACUAUUAAAGGGCACAUAGUUUACCUCUUUUUUAUGAUUUAAUAUUAAUAUUCUGGUUCUUCUGAGUGUGCCAGUUUAGGUUCAGUUUAAAACACAAUUCAGAUUUGUUUAUUAUAAUGUGUUAAAAGUGUCAUGUUGGGGGCGUGUCCACAGCUCGCUGAUUUAGGGGUGUGUUGCUUCACAUGUAAAUUAAUUUCGGCUUCCCGCCAACAUAACAAGGGGGCGGGGCCAUGAGCUCACCCGCUCUGUGUUUGCAACACAGACAGGCAGACUGAGAGACUGAGACUGAGAGGAUCCGCAUUCAGUCGUACAUGUACGACUCUGACACAGACCAAUCAGAGAGUACAAAAUCAUUUGUGUGUUUGUACAGUUUUACAGCCAACUGUGUGCUAGUUUCAAGUGCCGAGUGUGUACACAGAAACUAAUAACCACGCACACUGAAUUAACUUUGACUGAGGCACCGGAUGCGCCGCUCGAAGCCGCGACACGGCACACCAGACACUCUCUGUGGCGCAGCAGAAACAUGAAGUGUCCCGAAUCGUCGCGUCACGCAUUUUUGAAUUCUAAACAUAGGUUUCUGCAGCGGUCCGCGGCGCCCAGCCGUCGUCUUGAGUGUACCCUGAUAGAAACCGAUGUUUAGAAUUCUAAAACGCAUGCUAGUUAAGAUCACAGGGAGCUUCUGGGAUCGCGAGAAAUGUAAACGGCUGAAGUAUAAGGUAGACUCAAUGAGAAGUACACAUGUUUGCAAACCCACCUAAAGAUACAACCAAUAAUUCUGAUUAGAGCGAUAAUGUGGAGAAUAUUGAUCUUGUGUUGAGCCCAAUGAGCCUUGCAUCUAAAAAUAGAGCUAGCGUGUUCCUUUAGUGAUAUCGCUUCGACUCACGCUGAAAAUGGCGGACGUGAAUCAACAAACUGAGGAUAUGAUGACGCGCCUGUCAAUCAGUAUUGGUGGGCGGGGGGACCGCACUCCUACGUCAAGUUGUGGUCGAUUUGAAAACCGCUCCAAUUGGUCCACCGUUUUUUAUGUUGUUAAAUUGAAAAAAAAGCACUGGGUGUGCUUAUAUCACCCCAAUAUGACGGUCUAUACACCAUACAUGCACAUAUGGCUGUCCAAACAGCUUGAAAAGCAGAUUUUUUACCAUAGGUGCUCUUUAAAGUUCACACUGCCGAUGAGUCACCAAUACCCGUCAGAUAUUUGGCUUGUUAAAUAUCUGGAGCUGUCUGCGAUUCAAAAUCAUGCUGUGUGAAAUGUGUUCUGACUGAAAAUAACAUCGGCGUUACCUACAGCCAGUGUUUAAUUUGUAAAUUGCGAGGUCCUGGAACAGAUCGUUGGAACGGGCAUGUUACCAGACGAGGGAGAGGUGUAGAAACUGAAGAGCUUGGGGUGGGGGGGGAUGGGGUGGUAGUUGAGAUGUCGCGGACAAAAGUGAAGAGGGUUGGGGAGUCGUGGAAGAAAGUGAAGAGGUGAGGGGAGGGAUCGGUAAAAUGGGGUGCCAGAUCUGGAUCCGGCUUGAUCCAGCACAAAUUAAGCCCUACCUACAGCCAAUGAGUGAGCAGCAUCCACUAGUAUGGGUAUCUCCAGGCCAGUGGGAGUUUUGGGGGAGAAGUCAAUGGCUCCUUUUCGGUCUAUUUAAACACAAGAAAUGGAGGAAAAACUAGUGUAAAUUUGGCAGGAGCACCCGUGUCGGUUUGAUGUGUCAUCUGAGCGAUACCACAACUGGGUCGAAAAAGAAAAAGGUUGAAGAGAAUUUGCUGAUUCGCUUCAAUAGCCAGGAGAGCAAAACAAGUACAUUUUCUCGCCCACUAAAGGCUUCAUUCUCAUUAUGUAGUCAAUAACACAAGAUAUACUAUGUGACCUCGCGUUGUUUCCAUGUCACUUCCCGCGUGUGUUUGGCUGUGAGACGUAGUUUGUGGACCGAGACAAAUUGUCGGCGAUUCUUCCUAUUGUAAAGUCAUGCAGUGUGAAACCCCAACCAAAGAGAAAAGAAAUCAGUUUUUAGAAAUGAGCAGGCUCACACGGAAUCUGCAGAUGUUUAGCCCAUCAUUAAUUAUUUUAUUCACUUGAGUAAAUGUGUGUGAAUCUAUAUUUAUUCAGUUUUUAAAUUAAUUUCAGUAAUAUUAUUGACUAAUAUGAAAAUGUUCAUCUGAUUUAUGUAUAAUGCAGUCUGUACAGUAAUAUUUUCUGUCGUUUAGUAGAGAUAUUAUAUGAGAGACUUGCUUUGUUUACAAAUAAAGUGAAUCUAAUUGGAUUUUCGUUUUAAACAUUAAAUAAAAAUUUAAAAUAUAUCAUUUUUUAUUUCACAUAUUAAGGUUUUAGUUAUCAUACUAAUAAAAUAAUUCAGCAGAAAUCUGCAGAUUUUUACCAAAAUUCUCCGCAGAAAUAGCUAAAAACAUCCGCAGAUUCCGUCUGGCCCAAGAAGUGAAGUUUCAUAAACUAGUUUCGAGAGGAGCACGUGAUAUGAUUGAGCACGUCUGGCUGCUCAUCUGUAAUCAGUAAUAAUCCAAUCAGAGUGAUCCUAGUUUACUAUAAAUGGAUCAUUUUCUCCCUAAUGUUUUAUCUUCGUUUGGAAGAAUCCCCCCUUCCACCCCAUCUCCUCCUUUUCCUCCCUUUUCUAAAGGGGGAGCUCUCGAGACCUACCUGAUCUCGGAUCUCCUGAUAUGCUUAUCAACCGGGCGGGAGCCCUGGGCUCAAAUAUCUCCGAGCUCAGGGUUCUCUCCUGGGACAACAUGCCAAACCUGCUUUAUACGCCAAGCAUAUCUAAGUGGGAACUCUUGAAAUGAGUUAUUAAAACAAUUAUGUUUAGAAAUGUGUUGAAAAACAUCUCUCCGUUAAAUAGAAAUUUGGGGAAAAAGUAUACAAUAAUUCAGGAGGGCUAAUAAUUCUGACUUUAACUGUAGGUUGAUUUUUCUUGAAAUGUUAAGACGGCUAACCUCAUUACUGUACUAAUUUACACUGGUGUUUUCACUAAACAUGUUUGUAGACAUAAUGAAGAAUGUAUGAGAGGAAAUGACCAAAAACAAUGGCGUAUGCCACUUUUACAGAGCUCUUAGCAGGCCAGAACAUGUGUAUUAUUGUGUAAAACUUUACAAUAAGACGUCAUUUAUGAGUGAAUGGACACUCAUUUUCCUUCAGUUUAGUGCUGAAUGGAAACAGCGGAAUGAAUCGCCAACUUAUCCAGCAUAUGGUUUACACAGCGGAUGCCCUUCCAGCUGCAACCCAGUACUGGGGAAGCAUGAAUGGACAUGAACAUGUAUAUCUUUUAAUGUUUAAACCAAGACAUUUUUAAAAGCAGUUGUUUGAGUUGACAUGAACAAAUGACAUGUAUUUUGAUGAUUAACAUUAACAAAGAUAUGAAUAAAUGUGCAGCAUGGUGGCCUCACAGCAAGAAGGUCACUGGUUUGAGUCCUGGCUGGGUCAGUUGGCAUUUCUGUGUGGAGUUUUCAUAUUUACCCCGUGUUGGCGUGGGUUUCCUCCAGGUUUCUCCCACAGUCAUAACACAUGCUCUAUAAGUGAAGCGAUGAACUAAAUUGGCCGUAGUGUAUGUGUGUGUGUGUGAAUAUGAGUGUGUAUGGAUGUUUCCCAAUACUGGGUUGCAGCUGGAAGGGCAUCCGCUGCGUAAAACAUAUGCUGGAUUUGUUGGCGGUUCAUUCCACUGUGGCGACCCCUGAUAAAUAAAGGAACUAAGCCGAAGGGAAAUGAAUGAAUGAAUAUAUUGCUCGCUGUUAGUCACAGUAAUAUAUUAACUAAUGCAAACGAAGCAGGUCUUAUUGUAGUGUUACUAAUUAACAGACCUUUCAGAAGUGAAACGCUGACUCAUUGCAGAAUUGUGGGAACAUUUCAAGCAUUUUCCAUUCAUUUUCUGUAAAUUGGAAUGAUUAUUCAUUGUGAAAAUUAUAUUUUUACCCAAAAUCUCAUGAAUAUUUUAGAAAUGAGCCAGCGUUUGACAUUGAGGAUGCACUGAUGAAUGUAAAAAAGCAGUUUUGUAUAUAUGAAUAGGAGUGAAUUGCAGAAUAUUUGUGAUCCUGGACCACAAAACCAGCCAUAUGUGUACAUUUUUGGAUUAUGCAUUAUCUGAAAGCGGAAUAAAUAAUAAUCCUAUUGAUGUAUGGUUUGUUAUAAUUGGACAAUAUUCGGCUGACAUUCAACUAGUUAAAAUCUGGAGUCUGAAGGUUCAAAACAAUAAAAAUACUGAGAAAAUCAUCUUUAAAUUUGUCAAAAUUAAAGGUCCCGUGAAAUUAAAAUCCAUUUUUUUAGAUGUUACUAUCAGUGUGUGAGUUUAAGGGAAAUCUAUAAGCUGGUGUGCUACAAAAAUCAUGUUUAGAAGUUAUAAACCUCUUGUAGUUUGUCACUUCCGCAUAAAUGAAUCAACGAUUUCAUCACCACGCACUUCACUUUCUCGUCAAAUCUGCUGACCAAUCAAAUACUCUCUAGUAGAUGACAUGCCCUGCCUCCUUCUUCUCAUUGGCUUUUCAUUUGUUGUGCUUGAACAUAACCACUCUUGCUGGAAGAGCUGUGAUAAAUCAAAACACUAUUGGCUGUUAUUUUUAAGGGGGCGGAGCUACUCAAUGUCCCGCCCUCUCUUCAUGUUUCAGUUGAGAUUACGUCAAACAACGAAUAAAAAAAUGCACAUUUUCAAAGCACUUCUCACGGGACCUUUAAGCUAGCAAUGCGCAUUACUAAUCAAAAACAGAGUUUUAUUAGCAUCUUAACUUGAUACUAUAAUGGUAAAAAGUAACAUGAAACUGGGUUUGUGGUCUUGGGUCAAAUAUUUAAAAGCUAAGCUGCAAAAUAAUAGCUUUGGUUUCAUUUUCUGAUGUCAAAAAAUGUUGUGAAUCAGCAACUUUUAGCAUACUUGAACAACUGCGUACACUGCAAUGACAGAAGCACAUUUAAUAACUCUGCUUUCUCUAAAGUACUGCAUGUAAAGCCCUGAAGGAAAUCAGUAACCUAUAACAAAAUAGGCGUUAGAUGCAUUCAUUCUGUCCUCUUGUUUGAACAAAUGUUUCCUCAAUUUAUCCUGCUGUUACUUUUAGCCUACAGGAAACUAGCCUGCAACAUCUGAUUAAUUCUCAUUUAUUUCAGUUUCGUUUUGCUUUUAAAUACAGAUUUACCAACUGCAAGAUAUCACCUGCUAUUAAUUCAGUAGACAAUUAAUGAGAAGCAUCAUAGAAAUAUCAACACAGCAAAUAUUCUAUGGUAACUUCACACCAAAAUACCAAUAAAGGUGUUUGUAGGCCAAAAUAAAUAGGUGUCAGUGUUUAUUCACAUUUUGAGGGUAUUCAAAUGUCUUCUUUUAUAUAAUAAAUCACUGUAAAACACGUUACUUCCCACACAUUUUGACCAAUGAGUUUCCAGAAGGCUUGUAAACAUUUGAGAUUCCAGAUUUAUACAUGUUAUGCUUAUGAAACAUUUAAAAUUGGCAUAAAACUGAAGCUUUUUUUAGUUCUUUAGUCCCUAAAGUUGACAUUGGAGCACAAAACGCGUAAAAAGUCCAUUAUAUGGGUCAAAAUAAUUAAUUUAAUAAAUAAUAAUUCUAGUAUUAAGUACAGAUCGUGUCUUAUGAAGAUAUUUUAUAUUGUAAAUAUAAUUUGUAUUAGUAAUAAACACUGCUAAUAAUUUUAAAGACAAAUUUCGACGUAUUUAUAUAUAUCAUUUUUGCACCCUCAGAUUUUCAAAACGUUUAAUCUCGGCCAAAUAUUGUCCUAUCCUGACAAACUAAAUAUUAAUGGAAAGCGUAUUUAUACUGCUUUCGUGUGGUGUAAAUAUUUAUUAAAAAUAUCUGACCUUUAUGAUUGGUUUGUGGUGCAACAGAUAUGGCUUAAAGCGGGAAUUAACUGGUUAUUGGUGGAUCUCGUGUGAGUUCGAGGUUGAUCCCGCCCUCAAGCCAGAGAACACCAAUCAGCGAAGAGAAGUCGUUAGAAGAGAUACAGCUGCGGCUGGAAGUUACGAGAAUCAUUUCUAUAUUAUUUAUUAAACUACACAUUAAUUGUAUUUUAUUAACGUCUACCCCUACCCAAAACCUCAUUGUAAUGUAAAAACAGUAAUUGUAGCAAGAAUUAGUUUUCUUAUUUAUUAAAUUACCCAUUUAUUGUGUUUUAUUAACGUCUACCCCUAUCUCAACCCUCACUGUAAUGUAAAACCGUACUCAUAACGAGAAUUAUUUAUUAUAUUACCCAUUAAACUGCAUUUUAUUAACGUCUACCCCUAUUCCAUCUCUAAACCCAACCCUCUCAGUAAUUAUAACGAGAAUUAUUUAUAAAAUUACCCAAUUAAACGGUAUUAUUAACGUCUACCCCUACCCUCACAUAGUGGAAAAAUAUUACGUAUUGUAAUACAGUGUCACGUUCAUAUGACCGAAAACUAGCACCUCACGUAAAUUAUUGAAGUAUCCAUUAAUUAAAUCAUCUCUAAUAAUUACUUCAACAUUCAAUAAUAACAUUUAAACUAAAUUAUAACUUAUAAACAUCCUUAUAUAUUUGAUUUCAUUUAUCCUUAUAUCAUAUAACAUCAAAAAAGUCUGUUUUAACAUUGGAUUUAAAACUGUCAUGAUUUUUUUUUACUUCAUAAUCUCUUGUGAAUUUUGUCACUGAUCCAGUUCCUCUUGAACUAAAUCCCCUUUAUGCCCCAAAUCUCUGAACAUGUUGGAUUAUAUCUGUCCUCUUUAUUCAAUUCAAACCUGAUUGGAGGACAUUUGCUUCAAACCCAUUCGAACAUCUGAAAAUUGUUUUAAAUAUGCGUGUUUGGUGUGACCGCUCCCUUAUUCUGCUUCAAAUUAUUUUAAUUAAUAACAAAAAAUCAUUAAUAACAUUAGUAAGUCUUGAAUACUUUACACAACAUCACCAUGAUUUCUGCCGGAGUCUAGUAGGAUGAUGAAGACUACAACUCCCAUGAUUCCACACUUAGACACCUUUGUUUGUUGUGAAUACAGCCCUCUAGUGGCUAAAACUACACACUGCACCUUUAAAGUCCACAUGAACUGGAAGCUGUGACCUUUUUAUUUCUGUAUUGUGAUGCAGUUCCUAGAGAAACGGAAUAUUAAAUGAGAAAACAGUG